UUUUGGCCAUGUUACACGUGCUUCUCGUGCUGUGAUAAUGUUCUUAAGGGCUUGGUUAUUCGUGCUCAUGUCUCAGUGGAUUGUGUUCAACGCUUCCGGUACUGCGUCACUCACCGUGUCAGAGAUACAGGCGACUGGAAAGGUUUUAUUUCGGGCAUUACGUGACAGCGAAGAACUUUGCAGUGUCAAGUGCAAAGCCCGGAAGCCGCGGAUAAUGUGCGGCUCCGACGGGGUCUCGUACAUGUCCAAGUGCGAGGUGAAGAAGGCGAGAAAGUGCGAGAACAAGAAGAUCUCAAUCGUGAAGAGGGGCACAUGCUCAGAUACGGACGUGCCAGUCACCAAGUGUACACAGGAGAAGGCGGAGGCGCUCACUUCCGUCGCGGAGGGCGUGGAGAACGUAUUCGUCCCUGAAUGUAACGCGGACGGGACGUUCAAUGAAGUCCAGUGCCACAGCGCUUCCGGCUUCUGCUGGUGCGUCUCCCAGGACGGAAAGCCCUUCCCGCGCACCUCAACUAGCAGUGGAACGCCGAACUGUAAAUCAAAAGACACAAUCGAAAAUAAGAAAGACUCACGUCAGAAGAUUCGAGUGCGACGGAAAAAGACGCAACAGAAUCGCAAGCAAAAUAAAAAUGGGAAGCAAUGCACGAGCAAAGAAAAAUCUACAUUUAAUUCCAAUUUAGUCCGUGUCUUUACUGAGGAAUAUAAUCGGUCGAUGAGAAAUUCCCAAAACAAUAAACCAGAUAAGAAAGAUCCAUUGAUUGACACAAUAGAGAAACAAGUGGUGGAGUGGAAGUUUUCACAGUACGAUCUGAAUAAGGACAAUUUGCUGCAAAUUAAGGAGGUAAACGCGUUAAGGCGUUUGGUAAAAAAGUUCAUAAAACCGAGGUCCUGCGCAAAGCGGUUUCUUAAAUUCUGUGAUCCCGACAGGAACAAGCUCAUUGAGAGACAAGAAUGGUCGAUUUGUCUCGGUGUGGAUAUCAAUAUUUCUUUUCGAUUGUUUAUCUAUCUCAACUCAGAAGGGGAGGGGCGACGGACGACCGAAGCUCCGAUCGAGUUGACAACAGGUGAAAGUUUAGUCUCACAUAGCAUAGUUCAUAAGAAACCAUCCUCCUCCGCCUCAUCCUCUUCCUUCGCAUCCUCCUCCUCAUCUUCGGCUUCAUCAUCUUCAUCUGCAAAGCGCAACAAAGGCGAGAUUGAGAGACCACCCUUUCCUGCUAUCAAAAUAGACGACACCUGGACCGCUUUCAGCAGGCCUCGCGUCGACAAAAACGAAACUGCUGAGAAAAAUCACAAUGACUGUCGCACUGAACGAGAGGCUGCCCUGGAACAAGAUCGGGAUAAUCCGGACGCUGGCAUCUUUUUGCCUAGGUGUACGCCCGAGGGAAAGUGGACGCAGGCCCAAUGCCAUAAUUCUACGGGCUACUGCUGGUGUGUUGAUGAAAACACGGGCAAGCCUAUCGGUGGAACAUCCACGCAGGACACUCGUCCUAGUUGUGACUUCGGCGAUGAGCGGAAGAUCCAAGGUACUAGCUGCACAUACGCCGAGAAGCAGACGUUCACGGCAGAGCUGAUCAACGUAAUAUCGACGGAGAUGAAGGACUUUGCGCUCAACAAUAACACCAAUCAUAGUUUGAUAGUAACUGACCCCAAACAAAGUAUACAAGAACGAGCAGCCAGGUGGAGGUUUCACACACUGGACGAAAACAAAAAUCAGGCGAUAGACAGUGGCGAGAUAGAAGUGUUCAAGGGCACGACAUUGAAGAAUGCCCAACAGAAGGGGACGCGGAAGUGCGCGCGUAGAUUCGUGAGUUACUGCGACGAGAAUAACGACAAGAGAAUCACCGUGGACGAGUGGAUAGAGUGCCUCGGAAUAACACGCAAUAUAAAUAUCAAUCUGCCAUUCAAUCCAAAACGAACUGGGAAAAAUCCAUUUGACAAAUACCUAAGGGAGAACUAAAUACAAUAGAAGGCAUUCAAGGAGCCAAGCGAUAAAGAACCAUUCGGUGAUUGCCAAGCCGGUGAAGUGUUGAAUCCAAUCGAUAUGUGAUACAUUAUGAUGCUCUGGAAUAUUAUGAAUCAUGGACGAAUGAGAACCGAAUUAUUAGUACAUAUCGCUUGUGGGCAGUCGUUGAUGUCACAGAUUUGACUGUUAUAUUGUAGGUAAAGCCUCUCUUUUUGUUACUGUGAGAGUCUAAAAAAAGUUGAGAGUUUGUCAAUUAUGACUCGGGUGUCUAGAUAAUGACGUGAUAUCUAUUGCAGCGUAAUGCAACGCAUAGUCCAAACCGAUUGGAAUGACUAUUAUUCCACGUAUUGAGAUGUACUUUUAUGUUCAUUAUUGAGGCAUGCGAUAAACGUUUCCAGCAAUGUUGAUCACAAAGUGUGCCAAACAAAUAUAAUUAGUGCCGUUAUUGACUUACAUCCUAAACGCUAAAACCGCGUCUUCCAUUUCUGAUGUAUGGAUGUGUUUCGCUGGGCAUAGCACAGAUAAGUGUGUAUUAUAUUAUCAAACACGUGGUAAAACGAGUUUAGUUAUGUGAACCCGUGUACAUGUGCGGUGAAAUACGCUUUCAUGAUUGCCUAAAAUAGUUCAUAUAUUCUGUUUGUUUUUUAUGUAAUUAAAUUAUACUCUUUUGGGUUUUAAUUAUUUCAAGAAAAGAUGAUUUGUGAAAAACGAGUACUUUUGACAGAUAUAGUCAUGAGAGAAUAUUCGAAGUAAAAAACAACACAUGAUUAGUCAUGUCCCUGUAUGAACUAGUUAAAUGAUCAGUCAUGUUCCUGCAUUAACUAGUUAAAUUACGUAUUAAUCGACAUGUACCUUAAUUCCUGCUUGUGAUAAAGAAUCUAGACUGAUUUUCAUUAAUUUAAUGUUUUGUUCAUUCUUAAACUGCGAAUCAAACGGAAGGGUGGAUUUUUAGCUCAACUGAGCACAAUGUGCUCCUGGUGAACUUUAGUGAUCGCAUCUUGUUCGUCGUUCGUCGUCCGUCGUGCGACGACAAUAUUUGCCUUGUUAACACUAUAGAGGACACAUUUAUUUUCCGAUCUUCAUUAUAUGGCUAUAGUAAAACUUUGUUAACUCUAUAGAGGCCACAUUUAUUGUCCGAUCAUCAUGAAAUGCGGUCAGAAGAUUUGUCCCAAUUAUAUUUUGGACGAGUUCGAAAAUAAUUUCAGUUGGUUGAAAAACGUGGCCGUCAGGCGACGGGGCAUUUUCCUUAAAUGGCUAUAGUAAAAACCUGUUGACACUCAAUGUCACAUUUAUAGUCUAAUCUUCAUGAAACUUGCUCAGAACAUUUAUUCUAAUUAUAUCUUGGAUGAGAUCGAAAUUGGUUCUGGUCUGCUGAAAAACAUGGCCAUCAGGGAGCGGGUCUUUUUUCCUUAUAUGGCUUUUGUAAAACCUUGUUAACACUCUUGAGGCCAAAUUUAUUGUCCGAUCAUCAUGACACUUGGUCAGAAGAUGUUUCCUAAUUAUUGCUUGGACGAGUUCCAAAAUGUUUCCAGAUGCUUGAAAAACAUGGCCGCCAGGGGGCGGUGCGUUUUUCCUAAUAUGGCUAUAUAUAGCUAUAGUAAAACCUUGUUAACACUAUAGUUUGGUGUUUCUGUAGCAAUAAGGUUUCAACAGGGUAGGGGAGCUAGCCCUACCUCCAACCCUCCUCCCUUUUCAGCGCGGGCUUUUGGGAUCGUCCUUGGCGGAGAUUAACACUAUAGAGGCCACAUAUAUUGUCCGAUCUUCAUGAAACUUGACCAGAUAAUUUGUCCCAACGAUAUUUUGGACGAGUUCGAAAAUGGUUCGGGUUUUUUUUAACAUGGCCGCCAGGGCGUAGAACAUUUGUCCUUAUUUGGCUAUAGUAAAAAUUUGUUAACGCUCUAAAAGUCACAUUUAUUGUUCAAUCUUCAUGAAACUUGGUAAGAUCAUUUGAUUUAUCUUGGAUGAGUUCGAAAAUGGUUCCAGUCUGUUGAAAAACACGGCCGCGAGGUGGCGGGAAAGCUGUCCAUAAAUGACUAAAACCUUUUGUUAGCACACUUAAAGUUACAUUUCUAGGUCACUCUUCAUGAAACUUGGUCAGAACAUUAGUUAUAAUAAUAUCUGGGGCUGAACAAAACAGGUCAUUUUCUUUGUAUCUCAGGUGAGCGACUUUGGACUUUUCAGGCCCUCUUGUCGAUUUCUAUUUACUUACAUUUUCUAUCAUACGAAUUUUAUGUGACAUUUAAAUGCGAACACAUGCUGACACUAAGGACUUAAUGUGAGGUGACAGUUAUACAAAUUGUUAUGCCAAAAUGACAAAUGUGUACACGAAUUUUAUAACUACAACCAAAGGCAAACACCUUUGAAGUGACACUGUGAUUAGCAUUAUGCUAUGAAGUAACUGUAUUGUGUUAAGCAACAUACAACACGCUGCAGCCGGGCCAACCGGAGUCGCGCUAAGAGUGGCAACUAAAGGAAGGAAGCAAACGGGACGAGAAAAUAGGUCCAGUCAAAACGAUAGUGCAUAAUAUGUCCAAAUAUGUAUGAUGUCAUGAACCGGGCCUUAAAUUGUUAUGAAUUUAUGCAAACAUGCAUAGUAUAUUUUGCACGCUGUCGCCAAGAAUGUUUGUACAAAUAAGCCGGCAACAGCGUUUUAAUAUUAGUAAGCUUUAUUUGUGCAAACAUAGACGAUUAUUUACUCCUGACAUUUUUGUUUUGUACAUCUUCAUAUUUAUGUUAAGCUAUAGUUAAUAUUACAUUGCUUUGAUUAUGAUUAUGACGACAUUUUUAUAAAGAUAAAAAAAUAUGAUAUAAACAUGUGAUAGUAUCUAAA